CGCCGGACCAUCCGGACUGUCAGCACCGGCGGCUCCAGCAUGAUUCACACCGACGCCCCGCGCCCGACAGCCCGUUAGAGAGCCGCCGUGACCAUGGAGUCGUUCCUGCAGAUCGCCCCGCACUCCCUGGCCAUCGUGCUGUCCAGGGUGGGGGCGGCGGAGGCGCUGGGGCCGGCUCGGGUGUCGGAGAGCGACGAGCUGCCGCGGCACCACACCGGCUACGAGAUCUUCGCCGACUUCAAGGCGGAAAACACCCAGCAGCACGUGUGGAACCCCCGGAUCACCGAGGCCGUGUCCGAGACCUUCUUCCUGGGAUGGAUAGACGAGCAUGUGCUGCUCAUACAGGGCAAGGAGGACCACCUGGAGGUGCUGAGGGAGGGCUGGAUGCGCAGGUCCCUCAACCCGCCCCGGGGAUUCACCAUCAAGUACCUGGGUGAUGUGUCUCCCAUCAGUAUGUCCCCCAUCAGCCAGUCACAGUUCAUCCCCCUGGGAGAGGUUCUGCUGCUGGCGAUCUCUGCUAUGAACUCCGCCCACAAGCCGGUCACUCAGGAGGCGCUGACCGAACACCUGCAGACAUGUUUCCCAGGUGUUCCUACACCAACGGAGGAAGUUCUGCACCACACGCUAAGCAUGCUGGUCCGUGAGCGGAAGAUCUAUCCAACGCCAGACGGAUAUUUUAUCGUAACCCCUCAGACUUAUUUUAUCACUCCAAGCCUAAUCCGAACAAGCUCCAAGUGGUACCACUUAGACGAGCGUUCGUCUGACCGACACCAACAGCAGCAUCAGCAGACUCAGUGCACGUCUCCUCCCUCCGGCACCAUCACCCCAUCCACCUCCGGGGGAGUGCGAGAUCGAACGCACCCGAAAUCCAGUCAGAACCACUCGGGGGGAGGCGGGGAUUCUUAUUUCAACAACAGCUACCGAGGCGACGACCCCCCCAGCCACCACACCACUCUGCAGCGCCGCUCUCCCAAAGACCACCGCGAGGUUUACUCGUUGCCCCACUCUCCACAGACCGUCCCCCAGCCCGCCGGGGGCACCGCAGAGAAGAGUCGGAGCGCCCUCGGGUUCUCGUUCAAGACGGACACUCUCACCAAGCACAGAGGAGGAGGGGGGGGCGGCGGCGGGAGCGGGGAAGUAGAGAAACAAGCUGGAGGCACCGGUACAGGAAGUCGAAAGUUUGGCUUGAAGUUGUUCCGUUUGAGCUUUAAAAAAGAUAAGACCAAGCAACUGGCAACGUUCUCUGCACAGUUCCCCCCCGAGGAAUGGCCGCUGCGCGACGAGGAGACGCCCAGCCAGCUGCCGCGACACAUAGAGAUGGAGAUCAUCCGCAGAAUCAACCCUGACCUCACCGUGGAGAAUCUCGCCCGGCACACCGCCGUCAUGAAGCGCCUCGAAGAGGAGAGGGCUCAGAGGAGCAAAGCGUCGUCGGCCAAUCAGAGCUCCAGGAGCAGAAGAAGCGGGGGCCGGCACAGAAAGCAGUCUCAGAACAAACUCAGCCGCUCCCACAGCAAGACGAGGGCGCCACGCGAGCACUCGGACGCUUCCCACCUGGAGCUGGCCGACAGGGACUACCGGGGCUACUCGUCCUCGCUGGCUCGAUCGCCGAGGGAACAGGCGCUGGCCAUGGAGCGGCAGAGAGCCCGGCUCCACCUGGCGCACAGCAAUCCCAACAUCCUGGACGCCUCCCACCUGCCCGUCACACCAGAGUGGGACGUGUCCGGAGAGCUCGCAAAGAGACGUACAGAAAUGCCUUUUCCCGAGCCGAGCCACGGCUCGUCAGCCUACCAUUCCAAAGUCCACCGCUCACACUCCCACACCCAGGAAAGGAAGUCCAGGAACGAACGGAGCGAUAAAGCCAAGGAGCGCUCCAGAUCCAUGGACAAUUCGAAGGGACCACUCGGAGCCGGACUGAUCGGACCACCCGACUAUUACGACGAGCGGAGCCGUUACUACACUGACGACGGCACCCUGCGAGCUAAUCAAAGCACAUCUCACUACUCCCGCGCCACCCCCCCCUCAUCCAAGGUGCCUGUGGAUUCUCUGGGCUUGGAUGGUGGCAGGAACUUAGAGAAGAGUAAGAGCAGGGACAGUCUGCCAGCGUACUCCCCCAAACCACUGCCUGCCUCCAUGCCUCCGGACGAUUACUUCCAGUGCUCCGGGUCCUCUGAAGCACUUCUCACAGCGGCCAACUCACUGGGAACUCUGGGCAAGAAAAGCCAUGAUGGCGUGAAGGCAGUCAGCACCGACAGGCAGACAGACAGACAGACAAGUCAUCCUCCAGAGAGUAAAGAGGACCUGUCAAAGGUGGGACCAAAGGGUGGGAGUCUGCCCCCAAUACCCCUCUCUCUUCCAGACCCUCCCAUUGCCAAUGGCAGACCCUCCUUCAGUGCCACCUCUGUUCAGGAGAAGCGAAAAGAGAUCUUCAGUAAGGACACACUCUUCAAACCUCCUCCCAGCCUCCCAUUGCCAGGCUACGGCUCCCUGAGGCAGCCCGCCGCCCUCGCCGCCUCCACUCUCUCCUCGUCCUGCGACGCUCUCGACUCUCAAGAAGCCUUCGACGCGCCCAAGCCUCUGGUAGCGACCUCCUCCGCUCCCCCGCAGGGGAUUGAAUCCACAUCCAGUCCCGCGGAGGCUUCUUUCGACUACUACAACGUCUCAGACGACGACGAACUGGAGGAGGGCGGGGCUAAAAGUCGAGGGGAGGACGAGACUCCUGGAGGAGGAGCUUCUGGGAUGGGAGGAGGUGGAGCAGGAACCAUGCAGUGGCUUUUGGAGAGAGAGAAGGAGAGGGAUCUCCAGAGGAGGUUCGAGAGAACCCUCACAUUUCCUGGUGCUAAAGAGAACCUUCCAGAGCCCAGUCAGAACCAGCAGUCCGCCCACUCCGCCAGACUGGACAGUAUGGACUCCAGCUCUGUUACAGUCGACAGUGGAUUCAACUCUCCACGAACAAGGGAGAGCUUAGCAUCCAACACAUCCUCCAUCGUGGAGAGCAACCGCAGACAGAACCUGGCGCUGAGCCCCGGACACCUGGGGAUCACCUCUGGGAACGGCCCUCCCUUCUCCUUCCGGGCCAUUCCGGAACCCGCCAGCAGUCAGACGGAGAAGCUCCAGAAGCCCAGCGCCUGCCUUGCGUCCAUCACCAGCGUGUAGGGUUGAAGUGGACUCGGAGCAGAGCCUGCGGACCGGGGUCCGACCCCCCAGCGAUUGUCACAGCCUCACAGGACUGAAUGGGUGGAGCUGUGACGGCUAGAACCCCACCUGCUCCCCCGUGCUGACAGGCGGAUCCCAACAGGAACCCCAUCUUCACCAAACACCUCCUCUCUCACUCAGACCAUCACUGAGCCACAGCAAGCCUCUCUGCUCCUUCACACUCCUGCUGCUCCUCCUCUAUCUCCUCCUCUUCCUCCUCCUCCUCCUCCUCCUCCUCUUCCUCCUCCUCCUCUUCCUCCUCCUCUUUCUCCUCCUCCUCCCAUGGUGUUGUUUGGUCAAUGCAAUGGCCUUCUAGUGUGUGUGUGUGUGUGUGUGUGUGUGUGUGUGUGUGUGUGUGUGUGUGUGUGUGUGUGUGUGUGUGUGUGUGUGUGUGUGUGUGUGUGUGUGUGUGUGUGUGUGUGUGUGUGUGUGUGUGUGUCCUGGUCCAGAACCUUGCCCCCUGCUUGGGUCCUUGGUGGUAUACACUCGAUCCAGUUCUGCUAGUCUUGGUUUCUGAAGUAUUCAGAGGACUUGGAGGUCUCUGAGGUGUUUGGAGGUGUUUGGGGUGUCUGUGGUGUUGGGAGGUCUCUCGGGUAUUUGAGGUGGUGGGAGGUCUCCAGUGUCCCUGAGGUGUUUGGGAGUCCCUGCAGACUCUGAGGUCUUUCAGAUGUUUGGAGGUCUCUGGGGUCUCAGAUGUUUGGAGGUCUUUGGGGUCUUGAAGGUCUCUCAGAUGUUUGGAGGUCUCUGGGGUCUCAGAUGUUUGGAGGUCUUUGGGGUCUUGAAGGUCUCUCAGAUGUUUGGAGGUCUCUGGGGUCUCAGAUCUCAGGGGUCUUGGGGUCUCUGAGGUAAAGUUGACAGUGAGCGUCUCGCCGUAGGGGGGCUGAGCCUGUAGGCCAGACCUUUGUCUGUAUCGGGUGACCUGUGUCAGUGUGGGGGGAACCUGUCCAUCCAGACCAGGACUGUCAAACCCAGGCCAGUGUAGUCCCGGGUCGGGCCGCUCCUCCUCUUCUUUUAGUUUGCACUAACCUUGAUAGCCUGAAGCUAAUGCUAACCCCCUGUGAGCUGCUCUGAGCUGUGCUGCCACCUGCUGGUCUGUCCUGGUUCUGCGUCCUGAUCUGGACUCUGAGACCCCUCCUGGUGGAACCAGGACCAGCAGCUGGGCUUCGGGCUGGACUGUCCUGUUCCAGAUUGCACUUUUCCCCUGAGAGAAAGGGAAUUUCUCCACACGUGUUUCUUUUAGAGAACAUGAAAUGUGAACAUGUCCAGGUUCUCCUGUGGUUUUCCUGGUCCGGUCCCGAGGGACCCGACUGGACAGCGAUGCUGGCUUUGACAGUCCUGACGUCCCUCCUCGUGUUCCUUCCUGUGUCCUGGGAAAAUGUUGAGUGCGUACCAUGUGACUCCACCCCACACCUGUCCGGUCUCUGGUUCUGGAGCGGUUCUGGACUGGCCGGGUUCGGUGGGAUCCACCGUGUUCGUGAAGGGGGUUCAGAACGGUUCAUCCAGCGACCGACCGGAUCCCGCCCCACCGCUCCGUCCCGUCUGAGUCUGUCUCAUCUCAACGUUCUACCUCCACAGCAGCAAAAACAGCCCACCGCUUCUACUGUCACCCUGUCACCAGCCGACGAAUGUUACACACACACACACACACACACACACACACACACACACACACACACACACACACACAUCAUUCAGACCUUACUUCCACUGACUGGAGUGUGCUGCACCUGGAAUGUACCACUUUUCACAUUUCGAGGUAUUUCUGCCGUCGUCCCUCCUCUAGUUUGAGCCCAGACCCCUGGUUCUGACCCUGGUUCUGACCCUGGUUCUGACCCUGGUUCUGACCCUGGUUCUGGCGAGGAACCGAGGUGGGGCGCGAGUCGGACCUCUUUAGAUCAGGGGUGUAGCGACCAGAGAGGAGAGCAGGACCGCCUCCCGCUCUCAGACCAAGCUCCUUCAGUCUGCUGCCGGCUCCCUGCUGGGCGGCCCUGAUGUAAAGAGUUCAGAUCCUCACGGCUCCUCGGACCCGCCCCCCUUCAGAGAGAGAGUGCCACAGGACCUGGUAUCCAGGGAGCCGCUGGACCCCCCCCGGUCUGUCCCCCCGGCAGCAGGAGGUCCUCGGUCCUCACCGUCCUCACUGGGCUCCGUUCCACCACUGAUCUGAACCACUCCACCUCUGGUAGCAGGGUUUGAA